GGACAUUCAACAAGAAAUCACAGUGCUGAGUCAGUGCGACAGUCCAUAUGUAACCAAAUACUAUGGCUCCUACCUGAAGGACACAAAGUUGUGGAUAAUAAUGGAAUAUCUUGGCGGAGGCUCCGCGCUAGACCUAUUAGAACCUGGUCCGUUAGAUGAAACUCAGAUUGCUACUAUAUUAAGAGAAAUACUGAAAGGACUUGAUUAUUUGCAUUCGGAGAAGAAAAUCCAUAGAGAUAUUAAAGCUGCCAACGUUCUGCUGUCCGAACAUGGAGAGGUGAAGCUGGCCGAUUUCGGGGUGGCGGGCCAGCUGACAGACACCCAGAUAAAAAGGAACACCUUCGUGGGCACCCCCUUCUGGAUGGCACCUGAAGUCAUUAAGCAGUCCGCCUACGACUCCAAGGCGGAUAUCUGGUCCCUGGGCAUAACGGCCAUCGAGCUCGCGAAAGGGGAGCCCCCUCACUCCGAGCUGCACCCCAUGAAGGUGUUAUUCCUCAUCCCGAAGAACAGCCCCCCCGCGCUGGAAGGCAGCUACAGCAAAGCCCUCAAGGAGUUCGUGGAGGCCUGCCUGAACAAGGAGCCGAGCUUCAGACCCACCGCUAAGGAGUUACUGAAGCACAAGUUUAUAAUCCGCAACUCCAAGAAGACCUCCUACCUGACCGAACUCAUCGACCGGUACAAGAGGUGGAGGGCUGAGCAGAGCCACGAAGACUCGGGCUCCGAAGACUCAGACACGGAAACGGAUACCGACAGCCAGGCAUCUGGAGGCAGCGACUCUGGGGACUGGAUCUUCACAAUCCGAGAGAAGGAUCCAAAGAGUCUUGAGAACGGAGCCCUGCAGCCUUCAGACUUAGAAAGGAAUAAGAUGAAGGACAUCCCAAAGAGGCCUUUCUCUCAGUGUUUAUCUACAAUUAUUUCUCCUCUGUUUGCAGAGUUGAAGGAGAAGAGCCAGUCGUGCGGCGGGAACACGGGGCCCAUCGAGGAGCUGCGCGGGGCCAUCUACCUGGCGGAGGAGGCCUGCCCCGGGAUCUCGGACACCAUGGUGGCCCAGCUUGUGCAGCGGCUGCAGAGAUACUCUCUCAGUGGUGGAGGCACCUCAUCCCACUGAAGUCCCUUCGGCAUUUGGGGUUUUGUUUUUCUUUUCUUCCUUCUUCAUCCUCCUCGUACCAAGUCCACGAGAGCCUUCGCCGACCCGGCUGCGGCGGCACGUCAUCCGGGGCCACACGCCGCCCGUCCCCGUCCCUGCCAGCCGCCACCACGCGAAGCCUCCGGCUGGGGGGGGUCGGGUCGGCUCCUUCAAGCCAUCAUCUGAUUUUACUGUUCUUGUUUUUAAUUUUAGCCAGUGUGCACAUAUCAAGGAAAGUGUCUUUAAAAACAAAAACAGACCCUGAAAUGUGUGUGUGGGAUCACGACAAGGCCACAUACGGAUCGAAACCUCAGGGUUUGCCAUUGAUAAUAAUUAACGCCCCUCCUAGAACACUCCGCUUUGUGCCUCGCACAGGCCCGGCGCCCCCUCGUCCGCCCGGCGGCCCUCCUCGGUGCCUGUCGAGGCUGAUUUCCUUUCCUUCGAUGGUACUAUUUCUUACUGUUUUGAAUCGGAACAUAUCUUGCCUCAUGAAGCUUUAAUUAUUUUAAGUUGCCCCCAUGACGUUGCGCUCGUCUUAACAUUUGUUCGAAAUUGUGCCGCUGCCAACCUGCGCCCGCUGCGCCGCCCUCUCGGUGGGAUUUCCUGUCGCUCCUUGUCGUGAGGCCCGCGUGUCCUCCCGCCUCCGUGCCCGAAUGCUUCCAUGAAUAAAUUUUAUAACACA